UGCAGCCUUGCAGUCCUGAAAGGUGAAGGUCGCGAAUCGGCGCGAACAGUCGUAUGAAGCUGACGAAGCGAGGGUAGGGCUCAGUGAUUUUACAGAUCGUCUUUGACAACCAGCAGACAUGAUGGCCAGCCCAGGGAGACUGCGCUAUCUGUAUGUGGUGUGGGCAUUUGUGGAAACCAUGCUGUUUGGAGGCCUCAUCUAUGGUUGGAGCUCCCUUGUCUUUAUCCUGAAGGCCAAGUUUGUGUACCAGGACUUGUGUAGUGAGAGCCAAGUGGCAGGACCAGACAACAAGACAAGCAACAUGCUGCGUCUGUCCAUCACUAGCAGCCCACUGGACAACUCAACACCCAUAUAUAUAAUGCUCCCCCCCGACCAGAACAACAACACCAUUGUUGCAGCAGGCUGUGAGGCGCAGGACUCCAUGUUGAACCUGGUCUUCACUGUGGCGUCCACCUUGUUCUGUGCCGGAUGUGCGGCUAUGGGGCACAUCAACUUCAAGUUUGGCACCAGAGUCACCAGAGUUCUCUCCAUGCUGACGUUUGUGGCAGGGACAUUGAUGAUUGCCUUUGUAUCCCAAGAUAUACCCUGGUUAAUCUUCCCUGGACUUACCCUGGUUGGGGUUGGCGGUAUUCCCCUUCUUGUCACCAACACACAGAUUGCAAAUCUGUUUUCAAGAGGGAGUUCGACAAUUAUCGGUUUGCUGUGUGGGGCGUUUGACAUAUCGGCGGCAGUACAACUGGUCAUCAAGAUUGCCUUUGAGAGGGGCUUCUCCCUGCGGAACUCGUACCUGAUUGUGACGGGUCUUCACAGCAUGGUGAUCGUGAGUACCUUCUUCUUCCUGCCCCGAGGAUUCAUCACCAAGCCAGAGGAACGACCCCCGCAAGAGCAGGUGACGUACACGGUGGAGGAUGGGGAGGCGCCAUCAGUGGUGUUGCUGGAGAAGGCGGAGGAAGCUGGCGUUGUGAUAGUUGAUGGAAAGCAGCCAUUGAAAGAGGAGAGCAAGGCCCCGCUGACGUCCCCGCCAAAGCUGCCAACACUAUUCAGCUGCAUUCUGUCAUCAUCAUUCAUCCUCCAUGUCCUCUGGCUCAGUAUACUGCAGCUACGCUUCUACUACUUCCUGUCAUCUCUCAACCCCAUCCUCAACGAUGUCCUCCAUGGGGACAUGGCCCAAGUGAGUUACUACACAAAUGUGUCGAUGUACAUGAUGCUGGCCGGAAUAGUGACGUCUCCGUUUGCUGGAGUUGUCUAUGACUGGCAGAAAGGAUUCUUCAACAACAGCAGAUCCAAGCUGCGCCGGGACCUGAUGCCAUCUGUGAUGCCGCUGAUGACGGGGACGGUGUUGGGGUUGUUGGUGACGGUGUUCUGCAUGAUACCAGCAAAGCAGGUCCUCUACCUCACCUUCAUCACUGUGGUCUUCUUCCGCUCCUUCCUCUACUGCAUGGGAGCCGCCUUCAUGGGAGCCGUAUUCCCCAGUGAAUACUUUGGAUUACUGUAUGGUCUCAUGAUCAUAGCUGGAGGGAUAUUUUCCUUCAUUCAGUAUGGCUUGUUCAAGUGGGCAGAGCAAUCUGGAUAUUUUCAGGUCAACAUCUUCUUCCUGGUCCUGGUGUCAGUAUCCUUCAUCCAUCCUGUCUUUCAGUGGAUCCGCUCUCGCCGCGCGGAGUCGGUCGAACUCACGCAGGAGGAACAGUAACUCUAGUCACAUGACAUAUCACAUGGUGUAUCACAUGACAUGUCACAUGAUGUAACCCAUGAUGCAUCACAUUAGGGAUGCAACAAUACUACCCUAUGUCAUGACCUCAAUGAGAUAUAAUGAAUGGAUUUUGUACACUUAAGCCUAGUUGAAAUCGUUCCAUACAAACGAUUGUCUAAAUAACUGGUCAUACCAUACCUUGUCCUUCAAUGUACAGAGACUUGUGAACAACCCUACAUCACAUGACACAUCACAUGACACAUCACAUGACCUCACAUGACACAUCACAUGUCACAGAUGUUGCUUUGGUCACAGUUUCCUGAGCUGUGAUACAUCAAAUACUGUAUAUCAAGAAAUUAGUGCAUCACCGACUUAAUGCAUGUGACGACCCCUGACCUAAAAUGCGUCAUGAAAUUAAUAGGAGGAGCCCUGCCUCUAAAAAUUUUGACUAAUCCCCAAACGUUAAUGCCAAGAAUUCCAUGACAUACAUGUAUUAUGGGGUGAUAGCAGUUUAAUUGAAUACUAUCAUUUGCUAUGUUCUUAAACGUAACUUCAACUGCUUGACAUGUGAUCUAAGUUCCAUGACAUCACAAGCAGGUAAAUCCAAAUAACAUGUAUUCAAAUGAGAGAGGUCGGGUCGCAGAGCGACAGAAUAUAUAGUUAUACAGAAACAUUCAUGAAAUACCUGCUUGUCUGGUUUACCAUCAAACAAGCUUAGUGUGUAUCUAACUCACACAUGUUACAUUAGUCACAGAGGUAUUUUCAUUUAAAGAAAAAAAUGUCAUGUUUUUAUUGUGCCUUUAUGUCUUGUUACAGCAGUGUAUGAUGGAUGUGUAUAUCAUAUAUUAUUGUGCUUUACGAGAUGACAUAUUUUACAGAUGUAUUUUUGGGACUACUGUUCCAUGUUUUGUUAAUAUUCCGGGUUUUACAUAGCCUUGUCGGGGGCACGGGUGGCCCAGUCGUCUAAGACGCCGCGAUUCGCUGUGCAGAGUUGCGUCCUUUGGGCACGCCAGAAACCUAUGAUUGUGAGUUCGAAUCCCGGUUUCUAGGUUUGUCAGCUCC